AUGUCGCGCGUUAUCACGUUUGUCACAGGCAACAAAAACAAGCUUCGUGAAGUCAAAGCGAUUCUGGAAAAAUCGGGCGAUACCGCAUGGACGCUAGAGUCGCGGGAGUUGGAUGUACCUGAAGUGCAGGGCAACACACAACAAGUGGCCCUCGCCAAGUGCCGUGCUGCUGCAAAGCAGCUGAAUGGCCCGUGUCUUACCGAAGAUACGGCAUUGUGCUUUCAGGCAUUGCAAGGUCUUCCAGGUCCCUACAUCAAAGACUUUCUGCAAAAGCUGGGCUUGGACGGCCUGAACACGUUGCUGGCUGGCUUUGACGACAAGCGCGCCGAGGCAGUGUGCACGUUUGCCUACUGCGAGGGGCCUGAAUCGGAGCCCAUCGUAUUUGAGGGACGUACGCCUGGCCGCAUUGUCCCGCCGCGGGGUCCUACGCACUUUGGUUGGGACCCUGUGUUCGAGGUGGAAGGACGUGGAAAGACGUUUGCGGAGAUGGAUGGCGCUGAGAAGAACGAGGUUUCGCAUCGAUACAAGGCGCUGGCCAAAGUGCAAGCCUACUUGCAAUCUACGUAG